CUGCCAAGAAGGAGAGCGCGCCCAAGCGCAGCCGCCCGGAGCCGUCGGAGAGGUUUCCGAAAUGGAUCCUGGCGCCGUACGCUAGCCCUAAAGGGUCGCCCUUCUACCUCAAAGGCGACGCGGAGGCAAGGUUGCUGGACACCGCGAAUGCCGGGAAUUCCGAGGUGGCCGCGCUCCGUCUGGGCAUCGCGGUUUCAGAGGCUGCGGGCGUGGGGGAAAUGGCUGCCGGCCUUUUUGCUGACGAGGCCGAGGGGGAAGGGAGCGUGAAGCAGCUCCUGGAGCCGUUCAUCGCAUGGAUGGGCGAGCCGGAGGGGGCGGCUUACGUGGAGGCGUGCCGCCACCUGAAUGACAAGAACGAGGAUGCGACGAGGGGGCCGGCCUCCGUCUCGGCGGCGGUGACGGACUGGGUCGCAGGCAUCGCAGCCCUUGGGCGGGACCACGAGCGGGACAUCCGCAAACUUGCCCAGAUCGCCGCCCGGCUGUACCUCUUCGCGGCGGACACCUUGGAACAAAUUGCUUGGGUGGAAAAUCAGGACGUCCUGGCGAAGGCCGCGGACAAGAGUGCGGAGAACGCCGAGCUGGCUGCCGUUGGCAAGUGGCUCUCCAAGCCAUCCGGCGAUGGCCACCUGGCGAAGGCGAUCGCCGCCGUGUAUUCGAAAGAGGUGUUGAAAGGCAGGGCCGGGGGCAAGAAGGAGAAGCCUGCGAAGAAGGCGAAGAAGCGAGCAAAGAAGGACAAGAAGGCCAAGAAGGAGACGAAGAAGGGCGACAAGAAGGCAGGCGAGACGGCGAAGAAGAGGAACGCGCCCGCCAAGCGGCCGGAAGAGGCGAAGAGGGCUGGCGCCGCGGCGGGCGAGAAGCGCAAGGCCUGCACGGUCGAAGACUCCAGCCAGGGCUCGCCAAGCAACGCUGUCCUCUCGGCUGCGUUGAUCGAUUGGAGCGCGGCGGAGUGCGUGGCGGCGCAAGAGGCUUGGCAGGACUACGGGGCGCGCCUCCAGUCCGGCAACACCGACCUUGCAGAGUACGCCGUCAUGGUUGGCAUGGUGCCCCAGCCUGUCCGAGAAGCGUUCGGCCUCAACAUCUCGCCGGAGCGCGUCAGGCUGCCGUCCGCCGCACAGGCGGCCCAGAUUGUGGAGUGUGUGGCGGCCCUGCUUGCGGAGGCGGACAAGCUCUUCGCCGAAGCCGGGGCUUAG